GGGAGGCUCGCGGAGUUUCGGAGCAUCGACACGGAAGUAACAUCGAGCCGGAAGUUCUCGGGCUCGCCUUGGAGGGGGUGGGGGCGGGGAGGGAGCCGCAGGCCGAGUGCGGGCAGAAUGGCGGCUCAAAUUCCCAUCGUGGCUGCCACGUCUACCCCCGCCGUAGCUAGGAACAGCAAGAAGAGGCCAGCUAGCCCUUCUCACAACAGCAGCGGAGGGGGAUAUGGCGCUAGUAAGAAGAAAAAGCUAUCGGCCUCCGGCUUUGCUCAGGGUGUCAGCAUUGAAGCCAUGAAUGAGAGUAAAAUGGCAUCCUCGGAGUUAAGCUCAGGGCCUGUGGAGAAAGCUGCCAAGCCGUUGCCAUUUAAGGAUCCCAACUUUGUGCACUCCGGCCAUGGCGGCGCUGUAGCUGGCAAGAAGAACAGAACCUGGAAGAACCUCAAACAGAUCCUCGCUGCUGAAAGGGCAUUGCCAUGGCAACUGAACGAUCCUAACUACUUUAGUAUUGAUGCUCCUCCAUCCUUCAAGCCAGCUAAGAAGUAUUCUGAUAUUUCAGGCCUUCUUGCCAACUACACAGACCCUCAGAGCAAGCUGCGGUUCAGCACGGUUGAGGAAUUCUCCUACAUUCGCAGGCUGCCUUCGGAUGUGGUCACAGGCUACCUGGCCCUGAGGAAGGCCACAAGCAUUGUCCCCUGAGCCUCAGAAGUGGAGACAAAGUGGGAAUGACCUCGAAAGCAGACUGACUGCAUUUGUGACUUUGUUUCAUGGAAACAAACAUUUCUGCCGUCGAUCUGAAAAUGUCGGCUCUGGGCUUUGGGAAGAAUGUCUGGUUUCACUGGGAGGAGUUUUCAGUUUAUCUUCUUCCCCUCCAAGUGCAACCUUCCUAGUUGAAUUAAAUCAUACUUCAGUUGU